AGCAACUGAAAUUUUACUACGGUAUAGUACUACAGGUAAAGGGCUCGUGUAUUCGUAACUUCCUGGAUAAUUUUGACGUUGCAAUAUAUUUCGAAAAUUGGCAUUUGGAAAAUUGACAGUAUUGGAAUCUUGCUCCAAUGAGGAAAUCUCCGUAAUGUUAAGCAUGGCAUUUUGUAACACAUCCGACAUGGAUUUUCUUGAUACAAUACCCAUGUCCAUGGAUUCCUCAUCAUAUGAUCUUCAAAAUGAAGUUGAUAAAAUUCUACAAGGUUCAGACAAAUUCCAGGAUUACAGUAUUCUUAACAACGACAGCAAUCAUGGAAAUAUUGAUUUUGAAACCAACAAUCAAACUGUCGAUGAUUGGAUCCAGAAUAUACAAUGUCAGUGGAAUGAUGUUGAUGUUGUAAAACUACAAAACAGUUUAUUGGACUCUUCUUUCGAGGUAGAAAAUAACAACCCAAACUUGUUAGUUAAUCCACAGACAGGAUUACCGGUAAAUCAUUUCUCUCCACGUAAACAAAUGUCAAGUUCGACAACUGUGAAAUCAGAAGGUGGACAGAAUUCAUUAUUAGCAGACAACAACCAAUUUACAUUACAAACUGAUCACAAUUUGAAUUGUGCAACACGAGAGUCCAAGUCGACUUCAAGUCAGUCAAGAUUUUCAAAUGUGAAUAACAAUUCUCAGCUUCAGACCGUGAAAUCAGUGUUGAGUUCUCCGUCCCAUAACUCACCCGUCCUGGUCAACCAUCUUCAACAGGGAUUAAAUGGUCGACAAGUCACUGUUACUCAAAAUUCGGUGAAAAAGACUGUGACCGUAUUAAAAUCGGACAAUUCUGAUCGAGCAUUUCCCAAACCAGUUUAUUCAUACAGUUGCCUCAUAGCAAUGGCCCUAAAGAACAGUAAGAAUGGGAGCCUGCCUGUCAGUGAAAUCUACACCUUCAUGACGGAACAUUUCCCAUACUUCAAGACAGCACCAGACGGUUGGAAGAAUUCAGUAAGACACAAUUUGUCCCUAAAUAAGUGCUUUGCCAAAGUAGAAACUCCUAAAGUGACUGGAAACAGCAGUAAAAAGGGCUGUUUAUGGGCCCUAAAUCCUGAUAAAGUUGAAAAAAUGGAAGAUGAAAUUGCUAAACACAGGAAGAAGGAUUUGGAUGCCAUCAGAAACAGUAUGGCCAUGCCAGAAAAACUUGAGCUGAUAGAGGCAGGAAAAGCUGGCCCAGUUGGGAGUCGGUCUGAGGGAGAAAGAGUCUUGUCACUUCCUGUCACGACGACACCAACAGCGACAACUGCCCGUGUGGUCAAGAUUUCAACCCCGGUAGACUCGUCAAUAAAACAAGAGGACUAUCUCCAUAGUAUAGUGCUGGAUGGGAGUUUGUCUUUGGACAACCCUCUCCCUGACCUAACAUUACAGAAUGGUAUAUGGGAUGACUUAUCAACAGACAUGGAUUUACCGCUGACAACAUCUUCAACACUUUCGCUCAACGCAUCGCCUCUAACCAUUCAGGCAUCGCCCCUAACAAUCCAGUCUGUGGUGUCCUUAGCUGGAGUCUCUGGAGCCUUUCAAGGUCAAUUCACAUGCUCAUCCAGUCCCAUGAUAACGCUUACCCAGAAUGCAACAGUAUCACCAGCAUGUCACACACCGUCCAAGAUCCUCGAAGCUCAGAUCUAGUCAAGGAAAUCUGCUGCUAUGGACCAAUGUUACAAGGGGAGGGAACAAUGCUGCCAAAGUCACCUAUGAUUGGCCUAGGGGAAGGGAAAAUGUUGAAAUAACAUUCCACUGUAUAUCAUCAUUUUGUUUAUCUGAGUUACGGUUAUGUGAACAAUCCGUUUCAAAAUGUCCUUAUUUGAUUUUAUAUCCCAGAAUUAAAAUUGAGAUCACUUUCAAUUUAAAACGCUCUAUCAAUGUGUUUGUACCUUCUAAACAGAGUAACUAUUUCAGGUGUAUCUUGCAUGAGUUAGCUAGAUAAGAUUUGACUUUAAUAGAAAAAGUUCACUCGUACAAGAUUCAGUAUUAUAUUUUUGGGAAAACAAAUUCUGUAUCUUCAUUUCUUGAUAACUGAUAAAAGUAUUUAUUUUUAAUGUAAUGUUUGAUAGAUAUUCUCCUAAACACAGGAGGAAAUCUUCAGAUUUUAUGAAUCAUAAAUGGCAUAUUUUAUAAGAAAAAAAAUCUUAAAUUGCUCAUUCCAAAUGAUAAAAGGUUAUGUUUUAAAUUUUACAUAGUUGUUUUGAUGUAUAAAAUUUGUGCAAAAUUGAAACAGAUGUACAAAAAGUAAUUUCAUUAUUCAUUGAAAUGAUCUUGCUUUUUGUCAAUAUUAAAACGUUGAUCUCAUAAUUAUUCAGAAUUCUUUUGUGCUAUCGUUCCCAAGCAAUGAUUGAUUUUCUAUUGAUUAUGUUCUUGUUGACACAUAUAAAAUUUAUUUAUGAUACUAGAAAAUGUAAAUAGCUAGAAUUUUGAUCUCAUAGGCACCAUGGUUACUAGAGCUAGGUGAAGAUAAAAAAAAAUAGAAAUUGAUUGAUGUAUUUUAAAAUAUUCCAGAUCCUUGAAGUGUUUCUGUUGCUUUCCACUUAUCUGCAAUAUUAACAUUACUUACCUAAAUUUACUGCAAAAUAAUUUUCUUAACAUUCAGGUUUUAGCCUAAAAAAGGGGAGAAAAAUUUAUUAAAAACCAUGUUUUAACAUGAUAAUAUGUAUGACUAAAUCUUCACUAGAUAUAUGCAUUGCCUGUUGGCUGGCCUUGAAAAUGAAAUCUAGCAAUGUACAAAAAUUACUGGUAAAGCAGAAAAUGUUUUUUAUUACCCAACCCUAAUGUUGUUACUGUGUACUCUCCGUCACUAUUUCCCUCCUUUCUUACAUUCGUAUUGGUGCAUUUGAUUUGCAUUGUUUUUGUCAUUGUUGUUGUUUACUUGGGUUUUUUUUGUUUUUUUUUUGUAUUAACUACUUUUAAUCAGAAAAAAAUAUUUAUAAAACACUUCAUACACAUCAACAUUUUUCAAUAUAGGAUACAGAAAAGACAUAAAAGAUUCUAUCCAACCUAGUUAUUGUGGAUGAUACUUUUGACUUUGUAAAGGGGUCUUCUUUUCAAGUUGUCAUCAUUUAACUUCUGAAAAAAGUUUUGAAGAGCUUUAACAAAAUUAAAAUUGUUUAAUAUGAUUUUAAUUUCGCCAGAACAAUGAUUUGCCCUUGAUAUCAAUAAUAUAUAUUAAAUUUGGUUUUAGUAAGUUAUGCAAACACCCUGUUGUGUUCAGAACUGAGAGAAUUUUUAUAGGUGUACAUAUUUUAGAAUAUUGUGUGUGAAUGUGUUCACUUGAAAUGGUUCAAAGAUUUGUAACUUCAUGCUUACCAAAAUAAGCCCCUUUGCAUAUUUAUAUUAAUUUGCCCUCAAAUACUUUGUUUUAUACUCAAGCUGUUUUUGUGUCUGUCCCGACACUUUAUCACUAGCCCUCCACCUCUGGGUUGCAAGUUCGAAACCAGCCGAGGGGGUUUUCUCUGUUUACUCCGGCUUUCCUUUACCUCCAAAACCUGGCACUUCCUUAAAUGACCCUUGCUGUUAAUUGGACAUUAAACAUCAUAAAUUUAAACCUAAACCCAGUGUCUGGGGCAUAUUUCAUCUAAUAUUUCGCCUACAAACAUGUUUUUUAUGCGAACAUCUUUGACAGAUGUGGAAUCGUCAUACUGAAGAAACUGGUUUCUCAUGCCCUACAGUCUCUUUGCCUUUUAUUAUGAUAUAUAAAAUGUUUUCUAGAAGUGGAAUGGUGCCUAGGGUUUGUACUGAUACUUUGACUAGGAUUGUGAGAUGGUGGUGCCAUAGUCGAUAGGUCUGUGAUGUUGGAUAUCAAAUCUUUAAUAAUUAAGAUAAAAAAAUUCUGAUGCAUAUGGAAAAGUGUAGAAAUUUAUUAAGGAAAGUUAUUUGUGGGUCUUCAUUGCAUAUUAUACUGUAAGGUAACUGAAAUAUUUCUUGGAGAAUAUUUAGUAAACAAUCUGCAUUUAAAAUUGAAGGGGUGCCGAAAAUUGGUUUGAUAUCCACUGGUAAACUUUGUGAACAAGGAAAAAGAAUGAAAAAAAAUGAUUUAAUUUAGAUUCAAAAAUUACUAAUUCAACAGAGGUGUAAGUGAAAUGUAUGUUUAUAAAACUGAAAUCAUUUGACAUGUUAGUAAUCCCAAAUUGUGAUGCCUUUCAUAAUUUCUAAUUCCACAAAUUGUCACCAAUUUAAAUUUUGAUAUCUUUGUGUAUAUGUAUAGAUAUUUGUAGAUGUGUUGAUUUUUACGUUUAUAUAUAUGUAUAUAUGUACAGUUGAUUGAGGCAGCAAUAUACUUUUAUUUAUUAAAUAAAAAAAAAAUUGUGCUAUAUAUUUAGAGUUACAUCUAGAACAAUUUUGCAUACUCACAAUUCAUAAAAUUCAUAAGAGUUCACUCCCUUGGGUAUGGUUUCUAGGAAUAAGAAACAUCUGUUCAAGUAAAGGAUUUUUUAUCCCCUCUGCAAUGAAUUUUAACUAUGAAGGCAAGUUUAAAAACCUAAUAGUUUGUAAAAAUCUGAGUUAAUAAAUUUUUGAAAAUGAAUAUCUAAAUAGGCAGUUAGGGGAUUAAAAACACUGUAAACAGACUAUUUGUUUGUAGUUGUGCACAAGAAGAUCUAGGGUAGACCUAGGUAAGCUAUGCAACUUCAUGGUGAUAAAACUCAGGAAAUGUUUUAUUUAUUGAAAAAGUGCCUGUCGUGAAUAAUAAGAUGAUUGAUUGCUUAUCUCAGUGUUUUACCUGUGAUAAAAUUGGUUAUUGAUUAAAAAUUAUUUCACCUUCAGAAAUUAUUGGAAAGUUUGUUUAUACAUACCUGUAUAUGGAAUAUACUUUUUGGUACCAAAUAGUUAAUAAAAUCUUAAAAAUCAGAUUUCACUGAAAAUGUUUUUGUGGAUAUGUCAAGAAAUUUAAAAAAAAUAUAUAGGCAUUGAAUAAAGAAUUGGUUUAAUCCCUUAUAACAUAUGAUGUUGAGUGCCAAAUUGAUAUGCUCAAUUUUUGCAUAAUUAUGAGUAUAACAUUAAAGUGUGCAGAAAAUUGAGAAUUUUUACUUUGUAUAUAAAAGAAAAAAGUGUAUAGUUAUGAAUGGAAUAAAUGUAUAUAGUUCUAUAAGUGAGUGGAGAUUUCUACAAUUUUUAUUGUGUGUGAAUGGAAACUAAAUUGUAAAGAAGAAUGUGUAUACCACCAAGUGGUUUUAUUAUAAUGAGUAUCAGAUAAACA